UCGCCGUUGCCUUGCCUCCCUCCCCCUUUUUAACCCCCUCCUCCCCCACCGCUAUAAGUCCCUCCGCUCUCCUCUCCCACCUCAAAUCCCAGAACGCCAGACGGCACACACACACACACAUCCUCACGCCCGCACGCGCGCGCCUCCCGCUGUUCUCUCCACAAAGAAAGAAGAGCAACGAAGCCAUGGCGCCGAGAACGUCAGAGAAAACGAUGACACCGGCGGCGGCGGCUGCCGCCACGGGGCUCGCGCUUAGCGUCAGCGGCGGAGCCGGAGCCAGCGGCCCGCACUUCAGAGGCGUCAGGAAGCGGCCGUGGGGCCGGUACGCCGCGGAGAUCCGCGACCCGGCCAAGAAGAGCCGCGUGUGGCUCGGCACGUUCGACACGGCCGAGGAGGCUGCGCGGGCCUACGACGCCGCCGCGCGCGACUACCGCGGCCCAAAGGCCAAGACCAACUUCCCUUUCCCUUCGUCGUGCAUGCCACUCGCCGCCGGCGCCGGCGCCGGCAGCUUGCCUGCGGCGAAGGCCGUCACCGGUGGCGGCGGCAGCCGGAGCAGCAACAGCAGCACCGUCGAGUCUUUCAGCAGCGGCAGCGACGUGCAGGCGGCGCCCAUGCAGGCCAUGCCGCUCCCACCGUCUCUGGAGCUCGACCUGUUCCACCGCGCGGCGGCUGCGGGCACGGGCACGGGCGGCGCCGCCGUACGGUUCCCUUUCAACAGCUACCCCGUGACGCACCCGUACUAUUUCUUCGGGCAGGCCGCUGCUGCCGCGGCGGCAGGGUGCCACAUGCUCAAGCUGGCACCGACGGUGACCGUGGCGGCCGUGGCGCAGAGCGACUCCGACUCCUCGUCGGUCGUGGAUCUGUCGCCAUCGCCGCCGGCCGCCGUGUCGACGCAGAAGGCCGCCGCCGCGUUCGAUCUUGACCUGAACUGCCCACCGCCGGCGGAGAUGGAGGCCUAGCCGCCGGAGUUUUUAGCUGAAAAAAUGACUGCCUGUAGUUUCUUUCUUUCGUCGCCUUUUGCCCGUAGAGGAAAGCUUAGAAGAGAACCCUCAUGUUCGACAGAGGGCGGAGGACAUUUUUGUAAAUAGUUUUUCCGCUGGGGACCUAGCUUUAGCUGAUGAUAAAAGCUUGUAUUGUCACCCAAGACAGGUCCUGCCGGCGUUGUUAUGGACCGGAUUAUUAUAUUAUUAUUAUGUAUUUUGAUAGUCAAGAGAAACGCCUCAGAAAAAUUCCAAAAAAAUUCUCACA